GGAGUGUGAGGUGUUUGGGCAGAAGUGGAUGUGUUGGGACAGGUGGAUGGCCCUGGUUCCCUUGGGCAGGUGGCCUGCUGCUUGUUUUAGUCCUGGGAGCUGAACCGUUUUUCUGGUUACAGAGCCUCCGUUCACAAGGUGAAGUUCAAGAUGCCAAGUGGCUUCCAAAGAGAAAAGGUGGAGCUUUUGUGUAUGUGUGUGGAUGUGUGGUAUUGCCAUCAGAGAGUCGGCAAAGGUGGUCGACCAAGCCCAAAGGAGGGUGCUGAGGGGAGUUGACGACCUGGACUUUUUCAUUGGGGAUGAAGCCAUAGAUAAACCCACGUAUGCCACAAAGUGGCCGAUAAGACAUGGAAUAAUUGAAGACUGGGAUCUAAUGGAGAGGUUCAUGGAACAAGUGAUUUUUAAGUAUCUCCGAGCUGAACCUGAGGACCAUCACUUUUUGAUGACAGAACCUCCCCUGAAUACACCAGAAAAUAGAGAAUAUCUUGCAGAAAUUAUGUUUGAAUCAUUUAAUGUACCGGGACUCUACAUUGCAGUUCAGGCAGUGCUGGCCUUAGCUGCGUCCUGGACAUCGCGACAAGUUGGCGAACGCACGUUAACAGGAAUCGUCAUUGACAGCGGCGAUGGGGUCACCCACGCUAUCCCGGUGGCGGAAGGUUAUGUAAUUGGAAGCUGCAUCAAACACAUCCCGAUUGCAGGUAGAGAUAUUACGUAUUUCAUUCAACAGCUGCUAAGGGAGAGGGAGGUGGGAAUCCCUCCUGAGCAAUCACUGGAGACCGCAAAGGCCAUUAAGGAGAAGUACUGUUACAUUUGCCCUGAUAUAGUCAAGGAGUUUGCCAAGUAUGACAUAGAUCCGCGGAAGUGGAUCAAACAGUACACAGGGAUCAAUGCCAUCAACCAGAAGAAGUUCGUUAUAGAUGUUGGCUACGAAAGGUUCCUGGGCCCUGAAAUUUUCUUUCACCCAGAGUUUGCCAACCCGGAUUUUAUGGAGUCCAUCUCAGAUGUUGUUGACGAAGUAAUACAGAACUGUCCCAUCGAUGUCCGUCGUCCGCUGUAUAAGAACGUCGUUCUUUCUGGAGGCUCGACAAUGUUCAGGGAUUUUGGACGCCGACUGCAGAGAGAUCUAAAGAGGGUGGUGGACGCCAGACUGAAACUCAGCGAGGAGCUCAGUGGCGGCAGAAUAAAGCCGAAGCCCGUGGAGGUCCAGGUGGUAACGCACCACAUGCAGCGCUACGCUGUGUGGUUCGGGGGCUCCAUGCUCGCUUCGACCGUGAGUGCUUGUCCCGGCUGCCCUGUUGUCAUGUGUGUGCCACCUGCACGCAGGUUAGGCUGUGUGUGUGCCGACUGGUGUGGCUCUAAACAGCCGCACACUUAAUUCUGCCAGAUAGGAAAGAUAUUUCAGUUAUCCUUUACAUCGCACCCCCUGCCAGUUAGGGGUUACAGGUAAUACGGAUGAGGGAACCGGAAAUAACCCAAACAUCUUGCAUUAGUCGUUAAUUCUAGUGCUUUUUCCAAGUAAUUAGAAAUUUUUCUCCUCCAAUUUGUGACUAGCUAACGAACCACUAAUUUUGGGCAAGCACAAGGAGAGACUGUAUAAAUUUUUAAAAAAUGAAGUCAACUCCUGUUAAGUAGUUGAGGUCCUUGGAGAGGUCAGAGUUUGUGGCAGGCCGGGUGGAGAAGGGGUUUGGGUCAGGAGAGCCAUUUGCUCACUCGGGGUUUAGUCCCGUCCGCUCCCGGCGCGGUCACUCUCCCUCUGGUUGUCGCCUCCGCAGCCCGAGUUCUUCCAGGUGUGCCACACCAAGAAGGACUACGAGGAGCACGGCCCCAGCGUCUGCCGCCACAGCCCCGUCUUCGGGGUCAUGUCCUAGCGUCGGCGUGGACACCACCGUCUGGGAGUGUCGCAUCGGCGCCAAGUGUCCUUCCUGACCGGAGACGCCGCGGUCCUGUACAUAGUGCGUGUGGUGUUGGUGUCAGAGCGUGCUCGUGUCGCCGCCCAGUGCAUGAGGCGCCUGGAGUCCGUUCAGUAAAAGCCAUCUCCGUGCCCUGUUCCAUGCCCGCCCGCCCGCCCCCCGCGGCCGCCUCCCCCGGAGCUUCUAGUUCACAAGUACAAUUCAGAAAGAAUUCAACCCCGACUCUCAAAAUUGUUAGGAAAAAACCUAGAAUGUGGCGCAAAAUAGUACCGUCCCCCUCCCCCAGGGCAGAGUAUGGGGCUGCGAACCCUUUUCCUCCCAGACUAUUUUUGUAAAUAAAAUGUUACAAACUUGAAAUACAAAUUGAUGUUUAUAUUUCCAGUCAUUUUGUAUUUAUGGUAUUUGGUACAACUGGCCGGUCUGAGCACGAGUAGAUCUCGGUGUCCUGGAAGUUGUAACAAAACAUUACUAAUUGUGAGGCAUGUCCUGAUGCUUGUAGGCAGACAAAACAGAGCAAAUGUCUUUGCCACAUGUUUGCUAGGAAGUGAUCACACUUACCAGCGUGAUCCGAAGUUUAAACACUAAGCAGCAUUGUAUGAGAAUUAUUACAGACAAUGUGUCUUUUCCUUUUCUUGUUCGAACUUUCUGGAACUGUUUUAUAGAAGAUGCCAGUUUGCCGGUUUGCCGUUGGUGAGUUGGAUGAACUACUACAUUGUAAUAAAAGCAGUUAGACUCUUUAUGAAGA